AACAACGCCAUCAUCUCAUCAUAUGGCGGGAAAUUUAGACGAUCGCCGACUCUGUUCUGCUGCAGGACGACCUGGAUGCUGUCAAUGACACCAUCAUCAAGUACAGCAACGUGGAGCGCAUCUUUAGCGUGCACAUUAAGUAGAGACCUGCAAUGAAAUACGCAUACAAAAAUCGCGCGUAGUAAGGCAGCCAAUGUUCUCUCCUUUGCGGUCCGCAAUCCGCAACCUGCACGGCUGCACCGCAUACCAAACAAUUGGUCAAGCCGAGAUUCAACAAUCAGUGGGAUGGCUGCCGAGGAGCUGCUUUGGCAAGCAGAUUUUCCUGAUGACGACCUUGACCUGUUUGCUGUCAUUGGGUCUUGGCUCGGCGCUCGGCGCCGCUGCCGUCUACAAGCGUAUCGCUACCAGAGCCAUCAGCGACACGUCUGCAGUUUCAAGUUCACUGCCCAGAAAAACUGCAAUUGCGAACGAGGAGUCACAGACUAAUGCACCUGAAGGCCAACUCUGCCUCACACCAGGAUGCGUUCAUUCUGCGGCGAGUGUUUUAAAAAACAUGAAGCUGGAGGUGAACCCUUGCGACGACUUUUACGACUUUGCGUGUGGUGCCUUUGUGCGCGACACGCUGAUUCCCGAUGACAAAACUUCGGUGAACGGUUUUAAUGUUAUCCACGAAAAACUGCAGGAGCAGCUGCGAGUGACCAUUGAGGCGCCUGUAACCGAAGACGAGCCAAAGCCUUCCCGCAUGGUCAAGCACCUUUACAAGGCCUGCAUGAACAAAAGUUUGAUUGAGGAGAGAGGAAUCACGCCGGCCAAGGAGUUGUUGAAGAAGCUGGGCGGGUGGCCGGUGCUCGAGGGUGACGAUUGGGACGCCGGAUCCUUCUCCUGGCUCCAGAGCGUCUACAAGUUCAAGGAGCACGGUUUCAGCGUUGAUUAUUUCAUUGAUUUUUCAGUCGCCACCGAUUUGAAGAACUCCACCAAGAGGAUUAUUGACUUGGAUCAAGGUUCUCUUGGACUGAGCAGGGAAUAUUUUAUCAAAGGCAUCGAGGACAAAGUGGUGUCCGCCUAUUACUCAUAUAUGGUAGACUUAGCCGUUUUGUUUGGUGCUGACAAAAAUAGGGCCCAAUCCGAGCUCAAGGAGUCCCUUAUUUUUGAAAUGACCCUUGCAAACAUUUCGCUGCCGAAUGAGAAAAGACGCAACGCCACCAAGCUUUACAAUCCAAGGUCAAUUGAAGAACUGCAGAAGGAGUACCCGUCCAUCCCUUGGAUGGAGUAUUUUAACAAAAUCCUGCCUCCAUCUGUUCAAGUAAAAACAGACGAAGUGGUAGUCAUAAACGUUCCUUCAUACGUCGCAGAGCUCGAAAAAUUGGUCAGCAACACACCAAAAAGGGUUCAGGCGAAUUAUGUUCUGUGGAGAGCCGCCGCCGCACUUGUGUCAUAUCUAACUGAGGAGGUACGUAAGAGGCAGCUCAAAUACUAUACCACCUUGUCUGGCAAAACAGAGCGUGAGCCUAGGUGGAAGGAGUGCAUUGACAUGGUUACUGGAAGUCUGAGUAUUGCCGUUGGAUCCCAAUAUGUGAAGAGGUACUUCAAGGAGGAGGCUAAGAAAAACUCACAGGAUAUGGUCGAAGACAUCAGGGCAGAGUUCAUCAAAAUUUUGAAAACCAUUGAUUGGAUGGACGAUGAGACGAGGGUGAACGCUUUGGAGAAGGCGGCAGCUAUGGCAACACACAUUGCUUAUCCAGAUGAAUUGCUUGAUGAUAGCAAAAUUAUUGAAUUUUAUGACAAGUUAGAGGUGAGUCCUCAUUUGUAUCUGGAGAGCGUCCUAAACAUGACCAUGUUUGGCACCGAGUUCUCAUUCUCGCGACUGCGAAAGCCUGUCAACAAGACUGACUGGAUCACCCAUGGAAGACCCGCGGUAGUCAACGCAUAUUACAGUUCCAUCGAAAACAGUAUUCAAUUCCCAGCGGGCAUUCUCCAGGGCGUCUUCUUCUCAAACGACAGACCUAGGUACAUGAAUUACGGUGCAAUCGGUUUUGUCAUCGGCCAUGAAAUUACGCAUGGCUUUGACGACCAGGGUAGACAAUUUGACAAGGAGGGCAACCUGGUAGACUGGUGGAAGACCUCCACCAAGGAACAGUACCUCAAGAGAGCCCAGUGCAUCAUCGAGCAGUACGGAAACUACUCAGUACCCGAAGUGGGCCUGAAGCUGAAUGGAGUAAAUACUCAGGGCGAAAACAUCGCCGACAACGGUGGCGUUAAAGAGGCUUAUUACGCCUACAACUCUUGGGUGGAGCGGAACGGUGAGGAAGGCCUAUUGCCCGGUCUGAACUUCACCCAAAAGCAGAUGUUUUGGAUUAGCGCGGCUAACGUGUGGUGCAGUAAAUACCGACCUGAGACCAUAAAGUUGCGAAUCCUCACUGGGUUCCACUCGCCGGGACAGUUCAGAGUCAAUGGUCCGCUUUCUAAUUUGCCCGAGUUCGCCAGGGACUUCAACUGCCCCCUCGGUUCGAAAAUGAACCCCGAGCACAAAUGCUCUGUCUGGUGAUCACCAGAUUCUAGCACAAAUUAUACUUUUUACCCAUGAAAAAUUAAAUUAAUCUUAAUUAUCAAUAUUCAUCUUUCUUUUAAUUAUUAUUGUUCUUUCAUCUCUUAUGUCACCUUUACUGUAUUUAGUUGCAAAAAAUUAUAUUUAUUUGUUUUAAAAAUCUUACUACUUGUUGGUGUGUAUAAUUUAUUAUUGAUUUUUAUAGUUUCAUAAUAUCAUGGCCAUUUUAUUCGAUUUUCAUUUGAAUCAUGAUUAUGUGUUUAUUUUUCACUUUUAUCAAAUUUUACAUCAAAAUUUUAAAUAUUAGCAUUGAAAACAUAAAUAAAAUGUCAAACUUG